CGGAUCGGAAUUGGACUUGGGAGGCGCGGUGUGGAGUCAGGCAUCAAACUUGUUGGAGGGGAGCAAGACGCCUGCCUCCCUCGCUCUCCUCCUCGGCUGCACCGCGCUUCAGGGGAUCCCACCGGGCUUGCAAUUUAUUUUUUUAUACCUGCUUUUUUUUUUUAACCUAGAAAGAAAUAUAUAUUUUUUCUUCUUAAGAGAAAAUUUUUAUACAAGAGAAAAUAAGGCAACAUCAAUGAAGGAGAGAAGAGCCAGCCAGAAAUUGUCUAGUAAAUCUAUCAUGGAUCCUAAUCAGAACGUGAAGUGCAAGAUAGUAGUGGUGGGAGACAGCCAGUGUGGGAAAACCGCGCUGCUGCACGUCUUCGCCAAGGACUGCUUCCCCGAGAAUUAUGUCCCCACGGUGUUUGAGAAUUACACGGCCAGUUUUGAAAUCGACACACAAAGGAUAGAGUUGAGCCUGUGGGACACUUCGGGUUCUCCUUACUACGACAACGUGCGUCCCCUUUCUUACCCGGAUUCAGAUGCUGUGCUCAUUUGUUUUGAUAUCAGUAGACCUGAGACUCUGGACAGUGUCCUAAAAAAGUGGAAGGGUGAAAUUCAGGAGUUUUGUCCGAAUACGAAAAUGCUCUUGGUCGGCUGCAAAUCUGAUCUUCGGACAGACGUUAGCACACUAGUAGAGCUCUCAAACCACAGGCAGACUCCGGUGUCAUACGACCAGGGAGCAAACAUGGCCAAGCAGAUUGGAGCAGCUACUUACAUUGAAUGUUCAGCCUUACAAUCAGAAAACAGCGUUAGAGACAUUUUUCACGUUGCAACGUUGGCAUGUGUCAAUAAGACAAAUAAAAACGUUAAGCGGAACAAAUCACAGAGGGCCACAAAGCGGAUUUCACACAUGCCUAGCAGACCAGAACUUUCUGCAGUUGCUACGGACUUACGAAAGGACAAAGCGAAGAGCUGCACUGUGAUGUGAACCUUGGCGUUAGCUUUCAUGAGGACAAGGGGAUCUAGUGUAAAAAGCAACAACAG